AUGUUGCCCGAUCCUGUGCCAGUACCAUCCCCAACGCCACUGAAAGCGCGACAUGCCAUUUACAGGUCUCAUACUGAUCUGGUGCCUUCUUACAACCCCGUAGAAUAGGUACCCACGUUCUCGACGGGCGUGCUGAUUAGUACUAUUUGUAAUUUGAAGUAGCUAAGAGUAUUCUAAUAUAGAAGUAAAACAAAGUUUAAAUUUUUUUUUGUUUUUAAAAAUAAUGUUUAUUACUGUAAGCUUACUGUUGUUUUCACAUAAUAAUAGUAUCAGAAGUCCCCGGGUCCCUUAUCAGUGUUGUAAUAAGAUGCCAAUUUCAUUUGUUUUCAGACCUUUUGUACCUGAUAAUCUUGAAGAAACCGAAUUUCCUCCAGAAUCCUUUUUGCGUACUUCACAACACGACCUCAGUCAAGUCAUAGGAAUCCCCAAACGUCCCACCGUGAGCACGUUGGAGUCACCGGAACAGCAGAACGCCGAGUUUAUGUAUACAAAACCGGGCUUUGACAGUGUUCCUUCGUACUAA